CCAUCGUCAAUUAUGUCAAUGGAACCGUCUUCCGUGAUGUCAAUAGAACCGUCGUCAAUAAUUGCAAUGGAACAGUCAUCAAUGAUGCCGAUGGCAUCAUCUAUGAUAUCAAUACAACUGUCUGCCAUGAUGUCAAUGGAACCAUCGACAAUAACGACAAUGGAACCGUCAUCAAUGAUGUCGAUGGGAUCGUCGUCAAUGGGGGCAAUGGAACCGUCAUCAAUGAUGUCGAUGGGACCGUCGUCAAUGGGGGCAAUGGAACCGUCAUCAAUGAUGUCGAUGGGACCGUCGACAAUGGGGGCAAUGGAACCAUCAUCAAUGAUGUCGAUGGGACCGUCGUCAAUGGGGGUAAUGGAACCGUCAUCCAUGAUGUCAAUGCAACCGUCGUCUCUGAUGUCAUCUUUUGUGAUGUACUCGUCAGCGACAGAAAUGUUAUCAAAUUCUGUUGAAACACCACAAUCCUCUGUUAUUCUGUCAGAGAUGUCGGACACACCAUUAAGUACAAUGUCAAGCUCAAUAACACCAUCAUCUAGUUCAUCCAUCGUGCCAGCAUCAAGCGCAACAGUAAACACUGUACAGUAUAUCGUAAACAAUUGCUAUAAUUCAUCUGGUACCUUACAAUGUUUGAUUGACAAUUACUUACCAGCAUGUCAGUCAUCUGCAGAUGUUGAGUGCGUAAUUUCUCAAAUAGAAGCUGCUUCGUGUGUAAAUUCAACAAUGGUUAAUGAAACUUGCAUGGAAAAUACGUAUGGAGCAUGUUUAAUAUCAAAUCAGAACACAGCCUUAACGUGUUUGAAGAACAGUGUAGGAGCUGGUUCUUGUCUUUCGUCAAGUGAUGCUACUCAGUGUCUUAUAAACGCUUUUUCGGCAGGUAACUCAGUACUGACAGGGUACUCUCACUCACGGCUGUUUAUCGAGGUACUAUGUGCGCUGAUAGUAAUCUCUAUACAAAAAAUGUGGAGAACUGGUUUUCUAUAAGUUAUAAUCAAAAAAGAGGCAAAUAUUCAAACAUCAUCGAAAACUACAGCACUUGCAAUACACCGUUGCCUUCAUUGUAAGAAUCUAGAAAAGGACCGUCCAUGUCAUUUUUACUGUGAUAUAAACUCAAAUGUUCACCUUAUUGUUAUUUUUAUAAAAUAGUUGUCUUUCCUAUUUCGCUCACCUUGAUUAUCUGCUCAUGUUACUACAGUACUUUGCGCACGUAUUGCAUGCGUAAUAAUAAAAUCAUUCCAACCGUCGCCUGAAACUCGGAGCCAAACAACAAGAACGUAUAUACGGUUAUAUAUCAUAAAAUGAGAAGACAAUAAUUGAUUUUGGUUGGUCAGUGUUUAAAUUUUUUACUAACCAGAUAUUAAAAAAAUAAUUGUCAUGAUGAUUCUGAAAUUUCGUUUAAAAUUUUUAAUAUUUUUGUGGCUAAACUCGGU